AUGGCAUCAUUUAUCUGGUGGAUAAUUGGCUUCUAUUGGGUAGUAUCUGGUGGAGAAGUUCUUCUGCGGAGUGCUCGACGUCUAUAUUGGUUGGCUGUGAUAUUUCUGGCAUUCGAUGUGUUCUUCGCCAUCUUUUGUGUUGUUUUGGCAUGUUUGAUAGGGAUCGCUCUUUGUUGCUGCUUGCCCUGCAUUAUUGCCAUUCUCUAUGCCGUUGCAGGCCAGGAAGGUGCAUCAGAGGCAGAUCUCAGUAUCCUUCCAAAGUACACAUUUCAAAUCUCAAGUGAGGAGGAGAAGCAAAGUAUAGGAGCAGGUAGAAUGGUUCCUUUGGAAACACACAGUGGAUACUUAGCAAACGAACAGACUCUUUUACCUGAAGAUGCAGUAAGUUAUUGCUUUUCCAUGAAAAUGCCAACGCAUAUGUUUCACUUGGUCCAUAACCCAUGGUAUUUGAAUGAUGGGAACAACUGGUAG